AUGUUCGCCAUGCACUUGAAGCACAUCAAUGUCACGGAGAGCACCAUGAUGGAUGCAACAACGGUGCUGGAGGACAAGAACAAACCCAUCCUCGAGGAGAUGUUUCAGGGCUUCCGUGUGGAAAUGGAUGUGGCACUGACGAAAGCUCUCGAGAAAGUCAUCACCGAGAAGAUCUUGCAGCAAACAGCGCACGCCAAUGCGCUGACCUAUCAAGUUGGCAGGGGCACUGCUGCAGCACCAGCAGCUGCCUUCAUCCCCUUGUGCCCGAGUCGGAAUACCCGCGUUACCAAGACGAUAUGUGCCUCUUCAACCGGAGCCUCCUCCGACAUGCGGCUGUCCUACGACGACGCCAAGCGACGUGAGCUGUUCCAGUCCGUUCCAUUCUUGAAUGUGAGCUUCAACGACAUCGUUGCCAAGCUGUCCGUUCCUGUGGAUCAUAUGCUGUCGGUGUAUCAUGGUUUGACGGUGCCGUGGUUGGGCCCGCUC